GCAGAGGAGAGGCCCAAGCAGAGUAAUGGCCAAGGUCUACCCAAACAGCGCAGCCGUCGCGGCAGAGCCCGCCACCCGAGCCGCUGCCGGCGACCAACAACCUGAACCGCCGACGGUGCUGACGGUAUGGCGCAAGUCGCUGCUCUUCAACUGCGACGGCUUCACCGUGUACGACGCCCGGGGAGACCUCGCCUUCCGUGUCGACUGCUACGCCACCUCCCGCCGGCGCGCCGAGGUCGCGCUCAUGGACGCCGCAGGGGCGCCGCUGCUCACGCUCCACCGCAAGAGGCUCAGCCUGGCGGAGCGCUGGCUCAUCUACGAAGACGGCGCCGGCACCACGCAACCGCAGCCGCAGCCGCGUCGCCCUCUCCUCUCCGUCCACCGCCACGUCGGUCUCCGCGCCUCCGGCGGGAAGACGCUGGCGCAUGUCUUCGCGCCCUCCUCGGCCGCCCAGGAGGCGUUCGUGGUCGAGGGGUCGUACGGCCGGCGUGACUGCGCCGUGCGCGACGCGCGCGGCGACGUCGUGGCCGAGGUCCGGCGCAAGGAGGCCGUCGGCGACGACGUGUUCAGGCUGGUGGUCAGUCCCCGCUUCGGCGCGCCGCUCGCCAUGGGGCUUGUCAUCGUCCUCGACGAGAUGUUCGGCGGCCGCAGCUCGUGGUCGUGGCUGCGCAGAGCGUGCUAGGAUUGGAUAGGCAGUAGAGGCCCCCCCAGUUGUCAGCGUCAGCAGAGUUUAUAAUGCAGGCUGCGGCUGGGCCAACCCCCUAAAAACUAGAACGCCCUAUCACCAAUUACGAAAUAGUGAGAACAAUGCAAAAGCAAAAAGGCACAUCCAAUUAUUUUGGAUAUGGAUGUCAUUUGAUUAUUUUGUAAUGUCAUCAGUCAUCUACUGGUUGUUUCCCGCAAA